AGACCAGAUUGCAGCAAACCACUGAGCAUCGUCGACUUCAUUCACAUAGGUUAAAUUAGAAAAACACUGAGCAGCGUCGACCUCAAUUACAAAUUGAAAUUGGCCCACUUAGCUAGGUACUUGACCAAAGCAUCUCAAACUAACGUUACCUAGCUAAAUGAAUAGUUCUGUAAUUUUCGCCGGUCAAUAAGCAAAAUACGCACUGUGGUCCUUGUUGGAAUUGCGUGGGAAUCUCUUCCUGCGUUUGUCAGUGAUUAGCUAGCUAGUUGUCUUUCGUUUCGAGGUCAUCCUCACCAGUGUCGAGUUAGUUAUGUUACAGCACGCUUUUUAGAGACUAGGCUUGACUAGGUAGCUAACUACACAGCUCGUUAACAAUUUAGCUAACGUUUGUUGAAAGUCGUCUCCAGUUGGAAAAGAGCAGACAUGAAUCUUCCGUAUUUCUGCCGGGGGGAAGUCGUUCGAGGAUUCGGACGAGGAAGCAAAGAACUAGGAAUUCUCACAGAAUAAUGUAUUUUCUUCAGGAUUGCUCUGUCUUUGGCCAGUUUCUCCAUGAACUCCUGGCAGGGGAGGUUGAUGUUUGUCUUCACAAUAAGCAUGGCCUUGAUGGAAGGAACAGUGAACCUAUUUCUUGCUGCUGUCCAUAUCAUUCAUUUGGGAAAACACUCUCGACUGGUGCAUUACUUCCAGCCAACUUCACAGACUCUGUGCUGGAGCUCCUGCCUGGCGACAUCAGCACAGGAAUCUACUAUGGCUGGGCGUGCGUGGACAACGGAGACAUCCACAAGAUGGUGAUGAGCAUCGGCUGUAACCCUUACUACAACAACGCCAAGAAAUCCAUGGAGACUCAUGUGAUCCACACGUUUAAAGAAGAUUUCUAUGGCCAGAUCCUCAGUGUAGUCCUGGUGGGAUACAUCCGUCCAGAGAGGAGCUAUGACUCACUUGAUGCCCUUAUAGCAGCGAUCAACCAUGACAUUGAGGAGGCCAAAAGAAAGCUGGACCUUCCUGAACACCUCAAACUCAAAAAGGACAACUUCUUCAUAGCCUCUGCCAGCUCGUCCAUGACGUCGUCCAACAAGAUCACGAAGGGCCACUGACCUCUAAUCACACAACACGUUGUUCACUCUCGCAUUGCUCAUCACUCGGUAAAGUCGCUGUCGCAAGUAUCCAUCCAAAUGUAAUUUUUCACUAGGACUAGUGACUUGGCCGGCAGAGGCCUUGCUUGUAUUUUAGUGUGGAGCAAACAUGAACCACUGACGUUAAGGAGUGCCGCGAUUACUUCAUCAAAAAGAGCCACGUGAUUUUUCCAAACACUGCUUUGGGUGUUUUCCAUUGCAGUUUGAAUGACUGGGUGGCUCUCCUCUCUGUUAUGCUCUUUCUGCCAAUAUGUUACUUUUUCAAACCUCUAGAAUUGGACAAGUUUGGUGCCAAAUGACAUGAUCCUGGUAAUGUGCAACUCCAGGAAUUGAAUGUCUGUUGAGAGGAGCACAGUACCACCAAAUCCACUGCUAAAGGUGGCAGGUUGCCUAGUGGUUAGAGCGUUGGUCAAGUAACUGAAAGGUUGCUGGUUCAAAUAACUGAGCACAUGAGGUGAAAAAUCUGUCGGUGCCCUUAAGCAAGGCACUUAACCCCCACUUGCUCCAGGGACGCAGUACUAAUUAUGGCUUUCCCUGGUCAACACUGUUCCCUGCACCUAUCCAGCAUGUGUGACAAAAUGUCCUUUUGAAAUGAAUGGUAAUUUUUGUAUUGUUUAGAAUUGGGGUUCAGUCUCAUGGCUUUGCACUUAGUUUUUCCUCCUUUUCAUUUUUGGGUGUAUUCAAAAUGUCUGCCUUGAAGCAGAGAAGUCCUCUAUCUUGCAUUUGGCUAAAUAGUUGCAUUAUACACAGCACUGAAUUCAUCCGCAUUAUUUUAUUUGAGAAACUGAUGUUCUUAUUUGACCUACACAAACUGCAUGGUUGGCUAAAGACAUGCUUGAAUGCAGCUUCCAGUUCUCUGAUUUCCUUAAUUUGUAUAGUUCCUCAUUGGUCAAAUCCAGCAUUCUCCCACCCCAGCAAUGAGAGCCAUUUUUAUUUAACACUAAAGAUUUGUCUGACAUUUUUGAAAUGGGUCCACAUAACUGUAUGUUGAAAGUUUCCAGAAUUUAGUUUUUACUGACUUAACCUUGUUUGGACCCUCAUUCCACUGAGAUAAGAGAAGAAUGAAGCCUUGUUCACACUGCAGGCCUUAGUGCUCAAAUCUGUUUUGGAGUACGGACUGUCCAAACAGCAAGUUACAAGUGACCAAAUCAGAUUUGUGUGUUCAGACCGCAGUCAUUUGCUGACAUGGCUACGCAAGUUGUUACUAUGACAACGGGUGCGUGAGCAGUGGUGUAGGCUGAUUUUUGUUGGUGGUGCUCAUGCUUCCUGUCACUCAGAAGUUGUGUAGCAAGCUAAGGUGACACCAAUGCCUGCCAUGAACAUUUCCCAGUUGCUUUGAAUGUUCAAAAUCAGUGCAUGAACACUUUUUUAAAAGCUCAAAGGAUAAGAUGACCCAACUUUCAAAACGAGUCCUUUUUGGCUAGCCCCAGCAGUCAACUAGCUAGCUAGGUAGCUCUUUAGCAUUCUAGCACAUUUUACUAAUUUGUUUGUAAACCAUUAAGCUAGUUAGCUACAUGUUCUUGUCAAAGUUGGCAAGCAACAAGACAUACCAAAUAAGUGUUAAAAAUAAUAAUAAUAAUAAAAGAGGGCAAGUACAUCAGAUUUGACCAUUCAGACAAGUCGCAUGGCCCGGAAUCAGAUUUGUAGUUGAAAUGUGGCUUCAAAUAUCUGAUUCCCUGUGCUUCUGGGCUGUUCAAACUUUAGAGAAUUUUUUUUUCAAAUCAGAUAUGCAAAAAACAAAAUAGAUUUGAGUCACUUCAAACUGCCAUUAUGAACAAGGCUCAAGUCCAAGGCUCUGAUUCUCUGCAGAUGGAUGUGGUGGGCAUAUGUGCGUUUUUCUUUCUUUGUCAUUUCGUCAGAGGACAAAGUGGACAGUGUUGAGCAUGCGUACAUAACGCUUUAUAAUAAGUUGUUCAAAAUGAGUUGAGCUAAUGUGAUUUGAGAUUUUAAUGUACUUGAGAGACUGUUCCUCUGCCAUACUCUUGGCAGAGGAAACAAUAUGGCUGGUGUUAAUAUAUUCAUGUUUACGUAGACCAAAUCUGUGAAUACGGUUCUAUAUCCCCCCCCCCAUGUUCCUCUUCAGAUUUUGAGCUUUGUUCCUUUAAAAAAUACGUCAUGGCCUUUUUAUUAUUGCAGGAUAGCUUAAAUUCCCCUCCACCCAUACCCAGAAAAUGUACUGGGGUAAGCAAUUGAUAUGCAUAUGCAAUUGAUAAGUAAAUGGUAUUCAACAAUGACGUAUUGAAAUCCUAUGCAAUGUGGGAUGGGGAUCGGUCUCUACCAUUUUUAAAAGGCCAGAGGGAAAGUUUUCUCUUGGUUAAUUUAUGGUUACUGUUUGGUUAGAGUACGGACUCGGCACCAGUUGUCGAGGGAUUUCUGUGUUCUCCAGACCUAUAUGCCUGAGUGGUUAGCAGUACUAUACCUUAGUACCACAGAAGGACAUAGACCAACAUAUACAUACGGUGUCUCAAACUUAUACACAGCAGAAUCUGUGUUAAUGUAAACCCAGUGUGCUCGCUGUCGGUCUUAUCUGACUUCCCCUGUCAUUAGCCUGUGCAGGGUUUCCCAAACUCGGUCCUGGGCCCCCCCUGGUACACUUAUCAUGCAAUGCUAGUUAUUUCCUCAGUAGUGGCUCUCGAGUGGGCUUCAGCACAUUUCUUACACCUCCCAGGAGACACCCAUGACUCCUAGCAGCCCCAAGAAAUAUUGUAUUAUUACAGGCAGCACUACACAAUGACCGUGAAAAUGUUUUGGUGCCAGCACUGACUAGUUAAACCUACAAUAUACAGUAAGAGAACAUGACUCAACAAGGGCCAUUCUAAUGUUUCUCUGUUUCCCCCAGCUCCAGUGUUCUGUUUUUUUAAUGGUAUUACUCUGAAGGCCAGGGUUGUGUUCAUCAGGUCAGUAGCUGGUUUAUUCAUGUUUUUCAUCUGGUCAGACCCCUAUUGAAAUGUUUCCCUGUGAUUUCAAGUUUUGUUAGGACUACAGCUGUCUGGGUGUGUUUGUCCUCUGUACCUAACUGUCAGAUGUUCUAUAAAUCAGUGCAGCUAGAAGUGCUCAUUAAACUGUCAAAACAACAUGGCUUAUAUUUGAUCAAGUACUAGGCACUAGUGUUGGAUUAGGCAACUGUACUCCGAGGCAUCUGUUCGUAAUACUAGUAGGCUUGCUCUCCAGUUUGGCACCAAACCACAACCCUGAGCCAACAUGUUUCCUUUGUUUAAUAUGAGAUCAUCUAGCUCAGUCGAGACCGUGCUCAGUAGAAUCAGACCAAUGCCAUUAACCAGGGUCAUCUGCUUCUUCUCCCACUCUUCUUGCACUUGUAUUCUGCCUUUAUAAAGAAAAAAAAGUGUAGGAUGGCAGAAUGGCCUGUUCCCAAAAUGUGCUUUAGCUGGAUAAGCCACAUCCUUGUAAAUAAUUGAUAUGCUUUCCAAGAGUUUACCCAACCUCCAAUACAAUGUUAUUUUUCUAGUCCUUUCAGCUGUGAUUGCAUAUGUUUGACUGUUGUAAGAAAUCAUGGAGUUCUGUAGUUAUUGAAGCAUCAUGUCAUAGCUUUGGAUUUUUGUUUAGUCUUUUCCCAGUUAACCAUGGGUCUGUGUUCAGGGACCAGUCGUAUGUGUUGGGCUCGUUCAAAAUCCUUCUGUCCUGCUGCUGUAUGGUCCUGCCUGACGUUGUAUUCUUAUUCAACAUGUUCGAAGAUACACUGCAGCCUACGAGAGAUGCAACUGUCAAAGAUGAUUCAACAAUAAUUUACUUACUGGUAGUACUCCUUUGCACAGGUGACGCUUUCAGUGGUGUAAAGUACUACUUUAGUCGUUUUUUGGGGUGUCUGUGCUUUACUAUUUAUUUUUUUUGACAACUUUUACUUCACUACAUUCCUAAAGAGAAUGAUGUACUUUUACUCCAUGCAUUUUGCCUGACAUCCAAAAGUACUAGUUACAUGUUAAAUGCUUUAGCAGGACAGAAAAAAAAGUCCAAUUCACACACUUAUCAAGAGAACAUCCCUACUGCCUCACAUCUGGUGAACUCACUAAACAUAAAUGCUUUCUUUGUAAAUGAUGUGUUGGAGUUGCCCCUAGCUGUCAAAAAAAAGUAAUACAAAAGGAAAAUGUGC